GGGUGGUUCAUUUACUUUCACUUUGAGCUCCCUCCAACUGCUGCCUCUCUCUCUCUCUCUCGCCACUUUACUGAUUUUUAAAGCUAGGAUAUUUAAACUGUAAUGUUUGUAGCCUUUAAAUAACGUAAUGUGACAUGUUCCUGUGGCUUCAAAACAGACGCAGCUUGGAUUUCCCUUCGUAACAAACCAUUUAAUUGACAAAGAGUAAAAAGCAAGAUGCGGCCGACUGUGUCAUUGACGGCGCUGGCUGGAUGGUGUGGGGUUUUCCUGUCUGUGGUUUUCGCCCAGUCUGACGGUUCACUCUACAAGAAGGUGGGUGAUGAAGUCAUCCUCAAACCAAACCCCGGCUCUGUGACCGGUGCCAUCUCAGCCAUUGUGUGGAAAGAUGGUCCUAACAUCGCCAUGCAGUGGGAAACACCUGACCCGGAUAUUACUGCUUAUCGUCAGUUCAAAGAGCGUGGAAGCCUGAACACUACAAAUGGAGAGAUGACGAUCACAGGACUGCUUCGAGAUGACAGUGCAUCGUACGCAGUACAGAUCAAUGGCCGCAAUGCUGGUAAAACUGAUCUCAGAGUCCUGUCUCCUGUCCCUGUGCCCACUGUUUCUAAAGCCUGUGAUGAUGAGAAGACUAGAUGCACCUUUACCUGUGAAGGUGACACCACAGGAGUUGACGAAGUCACCUACAUGUGGAAGUCAGAUGACAGUGCCAUGGAGAUUUCAUCUAAGGAGCUCCAUAUUAAAAAGGAGAACGAUUCAAGCAUAAAGUGGUUCAGCUGUGAGCUGAUUAAUCCAGUCAGUCAGGAGAGCAGCAAACCCAUCGACAACCCUUUCCCAUCUGAGCUUACAUCACUCGAGGAGGGUCCAAAAAUCAGUGCAGGACUCACAGUCUUCAUCUGUCUGCUGUCAACUGUACUGGUGCUGGCUCUUGUUCACAGAUUCAAAGCAGGGAUGUGGUUCUUUGAAAAAGCCUCCAUGCCUUGGGAAGCAGACUUCUGGAGGAAGCAGGAGAGGCCACCAAGAGACGCUGCUGAAUCUAACGGCACCACGGCUCGUCAGGAGAAGGGACAAGACGACGAGGAAACACCGAUGACAUAGAUGGCCAAAUGACAGCGACGUCAGGACCCGUUAAGAUCCAGAGUGAGGCUGAAAUGUUUGAGGAGUGGACUACAUAGUGAGAGAAUGGGAUCAGACAAACACCUGCACACAUUUUACUGAAAAUCCCUGAAUAGUUGAAAAAUGUGCUUUCAAAAAAUAGGCUUUCAACAUUUUAAUAUGGCUUUUGAAGCCUCAAAACUGACUAGAAAUAAGUGUCCAGGCAUGUUCAAGACUCAGCCGUCCUCCUCUCUUACACCACAUGCUGCUGUCAACACAUUACAUCAGAGGAUGGAUUGAAACGACAGACAUGUUUCACUGCAGUACAUUGAUUUAUCCAGCUAUGGCCUCCUGGGUAAGUCGCAUGUAAUAAAGCAGCAUUUAAAAGACACUAAAACCUAAUCAGGGGGAAAUAAAAGAUUAAAGCAUGGCUCUAGAGAGAAGCUUUUGGACUUGAAGUGGAGCUCAGAUCUUCCUGAGGAUUGUCUCUGGGUUUUUCCAGAGAGGCAGAAACAAUACCAGGAAAGUCCAGUGAAGAGUGGCUUCCUGUGUCGCACCUCAUACCUAACACCAACUGGCACCUCGAGCUCAUUAAAUCUGUGGAUGAGGAUGAAUCAAGGCGGGCUUGGUGUGGAUUUGUGCGGCCUCGCGGCGUUGGAGCACGUGGGGAGGAACUGGACUGACAAUAGCGGGGGGGGGAAAGGACGCCAUUGUCCGGUUUGGGAAAACAAUCCUGGCUUUGUACAGGACUGUACUGCUCUCUGCAGCAACAGCUUCUACGUGUGUGUGUGUGUGUGUGUGUGUUUGUGGCAAAAACUAUGAGACAUUAUUAAGCUCGAACAAAGUCAAUCACUUAUUUUUACUUCUCAGAACACUGAUCUCAUUUAACUCUGUCUCUGUAGAUGAGAUGUUUCCUCUUUAUUUGGCUUUUAAUUGUGUGUUUAAAAUCACUGACAGUUAUGUUUCUCCUCCUUUCAGUCUUGGUUUUUUGUCCACUGUAAUUCAACACUGCAACAUCAGACAUUUGGUUACAAGAGUACCACUCUUAAUGAUCCAGUCAGCCUCUCAUCAGAUUAUUUCAAAUAUGUGUGAGACCCCUUUAAAGCAGCAAUGAUUACUUCAAAGCUUCUGUCGAGAAUGAGCUGUGGCACUGACAUUUUUAAACUAAAAAAAAGUUCAAGACACUCCAGUUUCCAUAUUUUUUUAGACAAAAGGCGGAUUAUUAUUUGUUGAGGAUUGCUGCAGGUUGAGGAUGUGAAGAAUGUAAAUAUAUAAAUGUAAGUGUUUUUAUAAAGGGCUGUAUUUAAUAAAACUCCAGUUCAACUCCA